AUUUGUACGGUAUUCAAAGAUAAACUAUCUAUGACACAUGAGAUCUUGCAUCACGAUACUGGGACGGUAUUAAUAGUACCGCAAUCGCGAAUUUUUCACAGUCAAUCAAAAGUAAACUAGAGAGACGCUAGUAAAUUAAUAUGGUAGCGAACAAUAAUUUAUUCGAGUAGAAGAGUAAACGAAAUUAGUCACGAUGCAUGGAAUGAACUAUAUUGGGAGAUUUAUCUCCAACUUUAAAGAUUUUUACAAUGAUAUUAAUGGGGCUACUUUAACUGGUGCCAUCGACGUCGUGGUUGUUGAACAACCAGACGGGACCUUCAACUGCUCACCGUUUCACGUUAGAUUUGGAAAAAUUGGUGUCUUGAGAAGCAGAGAGAAAAUCGUAGACAUACAAGUGAAUGGAGAAACUUUGGAUAUACACAUGAAAUUGGGAGAAAGUGGGGAAGCUUUCUUUGUGGAAGAAGUGCAAGAUUCGGAUUCAGAAGAAAUCCCAGAACAUUUGGCCACAUCGCCAAUACCCGUCGACUUUGAAGAAUUGUACAAGUCUAAGGGUCGACGUCGAAACAGUUUAGAUUUAACCGAAUCAAUAGCUCCGGUAUUCGAAAACGAGGUUAACGAUUACACAAAACGCAGGCACACCGCAAACGCGGGCGAUGAUUUCCGAGCAAAGGAUUUUAUAAAAAGACAAAUUGGAUUAGGCAAUAUUGAAUUAGGCGAAAAUUCCGUGGAGGAUCUGACGUUAUCGUUACCUUCCGGUACUACUACGAAAAUUAGCAGCGAUGAUAUUAGCAAGGAUAAUAGCUACUCGGAAACAAUCUUUCAAAUGGACAGUCUAGAGACCGAGGCGAAAGCACCCGCCGAGGUUGCGACCUCGUCGAAAAUUGACGAGCCGUUGAGCGAAGGUAAAAACGGCAAGAAAAAGCGUCGAAAAAAGUCGGUGAUGAAGAAGAAAAACGCCCAGCGAAAGACUUCCACCACGGAACCGCCAUCUAUUGAAACCUUGGAGAUUGGUACCGAACUAAAACUUCCAGAUUCGAGUACUGAUCGUAGCUCACUAGACAGUAAUGUUUCUGAGCCUGAAUUACGCGACAUUCAAAGACCCGAAACCACAACUCUGGGUAACCGAAAGGUUAUGGACCCAGACUUUCAUUUCUUCAGUGAUACUGAGCUCACGGCGGGGCCUAGCGACUCGAGACCGAUGUCGCCGACAACAGUUGAAGGUGUUCUAUCCGAUACCGAGUUUGAAGUAAAAAACCGAAAAGAUGAGGAUAAAGAUAUGCAAGUGCAGCAAAGUUGGGCGUGGGGGGAAUUUCCCAGCUCGAAAGUUCCCAUAGCGGAUCCUGCCAGUGACAAGCUGGCCGGUCAGACUCCCACGCAAGCUCAACACAAUUCAAUGCUGAGCAGUGUCUUCUCCUUCAUGAAACAUCAGCGACAGGCCAGUAAUAGUGAUGGCGUCUAUCUGGCGGAUUUGAGCUCGGGCGCGAUGGAUCCGGAAGUUGCCGCUCGCUAUUUCACCACUACAAACGAGAAGAAAAGUGCUGAUGCAGACAUGGAUUAUGAAUCAGGAAAUGGGCCAUCUUUAACGCAAAGUCCAAACAGCGCCGAGGGUUGCAAGUCGAUCGAUUCCGAUUUCGAAGAGCAAAAGCAGGCGUCUGUGUGUAUCGGCGAUAUUUCGUUGUCGUUGUGCGGCUGGGAUACUGAACCGACGGAGGAACGAUUUAGCGCUGAGAGUGUUCCAUUUUCAGAUUUAUGUAACAAUCCCUCGAUUUUAGAGUCCAAAAAACUGGUUGUACGGAUACACAAUAAAUACUAUAAUUUUAAAGUUGCGGUACCGAUCAUUACCAGUUUGAUGAUUUAUCAACGACCUCUACCUCAGUCCACAAUAGACCAGUUGUGUAAUAUGCACAUGACUUCCACCGAAGACAAACGACCUAAACAAGAAACAAAGGGGGGAUACUCCUGGUGGGGAUGGCGUCGCAGUCGCGCAUCGCGGGAGGCGACCCCUUCCACCGAUACUGUAGUAACCAUUGACUUAGGGAAGACUGAAGAGACCAAAGACGUGGAUGCACCCGUCGAGGAGGUGGCGACCACAAAAAUUGAAAUGCAACUGUUGGAAUCUCCCACAGUCGAAGAUGGGUAUUAUGGAUCUCAAAGUUCCGGAAGUGACCACGGUAAAGAUGUCGUGAUGGUGGAAGAAAAGCCGACCGUAAGCCAGGCGACUUCAGAAAAGUCUGAUAAAUCUGAUAAAUGUCGGAAAACGUUAAGGCUGAGCUCUAUUCAAAUAAAAAGUUUAAAUUUGCGUGAUGGAAUGAAUGAGGUGGAGUUUAGCGUAACUACAGCAUAUCAGGGAACCACUAGGUGCAAGUGUCACCUUUACAAGUGGAAGUGGGAUGACAAAAUUGUCAUAUCAGACAUUGAUGGCACCAUCACAAAAUCCGACGUGCUUGGUCACAUCUUGCCAAUCGUGGGUAAAGAUUGGGCUCAGUCUGGCGUUGCUCAAUUAUUUAAUAAAAUAAAGGAUAACGGUUAUAAGUUACUUUACCUUAGCGCGAGAGCUAUCGGUCAGGCACGCAUUACGCGCGAGUAUCUCAAAUCUAUAAAACAGGGGGAUCUCAAUAUGCCCGAUGGACCGAUGCUUUUAAAUCCGACAUCUUUGAUCACCGCUUUUCAUCGCGAGGUUAUCGAAAAAAAACCGGAACAGUUCAAAAUUUCUUGUAUGAGUGAUAUUAGAGCUCUGUUUCCUGCUGAUUCCAAUCCUUUCUACGCUGGAUACGGGAAUAGGAUUAAUGAUGUGUGGGCAUACAGAGCCGUAGGCAUUCCAAUAGUUAGAAUAUUUACAAUAAAUCAUAAGGGUGAACUAAAACAUGAACUGACACAAACUUUCCAAUCCAGCUACUCCAACAUGAGCAAUUACGUGGACCAGCUGUUUCCUCCGUUACUCGAAGCCGCUAAUGAUUACUCUCAAUUCAUGUAUUGGCGCGAUCCAAUUCCCAACAUAACGGAACUCAAUACAACGGACGCUUCCAACAUUUAAGUACAGAAAGAGAAGCAUUUAAUGUUACGUAUUUACUAGAUUUGUGUAACGCUAACGUGCUGUUGCCGAUUCAUAGCUGACGUGUAGAAUUUACAAAAGCUUACUGCUUAUUUGCCGAAGUGAAGUACAUAGUAUUUAUUUGCCAUUCGCCACUGAUAAAGCCACAACCGGCUCAGGUUGCUAUAAGUUACCCAGAUCAAGUUAUUUUGUAGAUCUUAGUUGAAUAAAAUUCAUGUGAUUUUUGCAGUACUUUUAGUUUUUGUUUCUCUAUUGAUCUUGUGAUAUUGACCUCUAUUGUUAGAUGUUCGAGUAUUCCAUUAAUUAACUAUAGUUUGUUAUUGUAUUUAUAUCAAAAUAUAAAUUAAGCAAAAAUAG